GUGACUUGCUGCUUGGGGGGGAGGGGAGGCAGGCUUGUCAGGUGGAAUAGCCAAGGCAUUGCCUUAGGGUAGGUGCCGCUGGUGUGUUCUGUGUGCUCAGAGUGAAGAAGUGGUCAGUGAAAGGCAGUGCAGUCCGAGGUAGGGCCUUGUAAGCCUGGGAAGGUGUCAGCUGUGUGCUGUGUUGUGUAACUGACCUAUAAGGGUCACCAGACUUGUACAAGAAUGACUAGAAAGGGACCUUGAUGUGCCCAGCUUCAUGUCCUGGCUUUGCAGAAACCAAUUUUAACAAGUUUUCUACUAUUAACUGCAAGUUAAUGGCAGAAACCAAAUUUCAAGAAGGGGCGGGUAGCAUGUACCUGUGAUCCUAAGGACUUGGGAGGCUGAGGCAGUAGGAUCACAAGUUCCAAACCUUGGCAAUUUAGUGAGACCCUGUCUCAAAAAAUAAAAAAGGCCUAGGGGUGUAUUUUGGUGGCAGAAUGCACCUGGGAUCAAUCCCUGGUGCCAAAAACAAAUAAAAAAAUCUGUAUGUUUACAUUUACAGUGAGAGCUACAUUUGACCUGUUGUUUCCUACCAAAUCACAGAACUAAAUCAUGAUUUGAAACAGAGGAAUUGGUUGUUUUAUGAAGUUUUGGAGGCCCAAAGGGUCAUAUUUUCUACCUCUAGGGUAUACACCUCUCAGUAUCUAUGAAAUUAGUUACUAGUGCCAAAAUUGCUUCCUACUUUGAGAUGGUCUUAGAGAAACCAGAGAAGAUUUGGGAACCAGAAUUGUCAUUGCACACCUCCUGCUACCAGUUGUCUUAAUUUUUGCUUUUCUGCCUACUUUCUUAGGCCAGGUUGUAAGGAUUGGAUGAAGUCAGUAAGACGUAUCUGGCCACUGUCCAGUAGUGACGUCUUGUACCUUUUGUCUGGAUUCCCUGUUGACCCGCAGCUUUGGUUCCAGAGUAACGUCAGGGUAACAUAGAGCCAUUGUUUGUUGUUCAGUGUGUCGUGUACCAUCCUCAAAAAAGGUGCUGAGAGGACUUGCUGCAGCAGAAGUCCUUGUCCACCUGACACUCUUUACUCUUGAUGAUGUGACAUCAUCACCUUUUCUACCAGUCUUUCCUUUCUGAACUUGCUUGUUUAGGUUUACCCUGAUUUUAAUAUCUUUUUUAUGGCUUAUUUUAUUUUUUAGUCCACUGAGGCUGUUGAUAGGAUGUUUGGAUAAAUAAAUUAGCACUUUACCAAUUGGGGAAUGGGUUUACUUUAGAGUGAUAGUCUACAGAGCUUGCUUCUUCCUCAUGUUGACAGCUGAAAUAACAUGGGUGUUAUCACCUAUGGGUCUAGUUUCAGUAUAAUAAAAUAUUGGAUACAAUCCAAAUUCUUCAGUUAUGUUGGAAUUUUGUUGAAUACGUUAAUACUGGGUUAUUGAAUGUGCUUAAAUUUUUGUUUUUUUUAAAACAGUGUGUUGCCUUUUACUUUGGUAGUUUUUCUUGUGGCUUUUGAAUUGAAUUAAUGAAAAAUCUAAAUUGCCUCUAGUUUUGUCCUUAACUCAUGUAUCAGGUAAGGUUAGCAGCUCAUGGUAAAAAUUGGCAUUUUCCUCCCUGAGGGUUGAAGAAAUACAGAGGUUCUAGAAAAUUGUGUGCCUUCUUGACCUGACAGAUAUUAACCUCCUAGCUGAUCAAACAUAAAUCAUAAGAUUCUUUCAGUAUUUUUUCCUUAUUAUUUUGUUUUUUUAUAGUGCUAAGGAUCAAACCUAGGGCCUCAUACAUGGUAGGCAAGCACUCUAUCACUGAGAUAUAUCCUCCUCAAAUUUUCUUUCCCCCCACCCCAAUUCUGAGGAUUGAAUCCAGGGCCUCGAACAUGUGCCACCAGGGGAUCUGUUGUCAGAAGCUGGCUCUGCAGGGGAGACUGGCGCCAUUUUCCUGGUGGCUGUGUUCAGAACCAUCCAAAGGGUUUGAAAAAUUCUUUAAGAGGAGUGGAAGAAACACAGAUUCAGAAAAAUCAACAGUGCCAAAAAAAGAAUCUGGUGAACUAAAGAAUGCUGAGCCUGGAGGAGAUGGAAACAAGAGAGGAGGGAGGCAGGAUGACUUUGCCUGGUGGAAACGGAUGCAGAAGGGCGAGUUCCCCUGGGAUGACAAGGAUUUCCGAAAUCUGGCCAUUCUGGGUGCAGGUGUAUCUGUGGGAUUUUUCUACUUCUAUUUUCGAGAUCCUGGAAAAGAGAUCACCUGGAAACACUUUGUUCAGUAUUACCUGGCCAGAGGUCUGGUGGACCGGCUGGAGGUCGUGAACAAACAGUUCGUUCGUGUCAUCCCUUCCCCUGGGGCGUCUUCUGAGAGGUACGUGUGGUUUAACAUCGGCAGUGUUGACACCUUUGAGCGGAACCUGGAAUCUGCUCAGUGGGAACUGGGGAUUGAGCCAACCAACCAGGUUGCUGUGGUCUACACCACUGAGAGUGACGGCUCUUUCCUGCGAAGCCUGGUGCCUACUCUUCUCCUGGUUGGCAUCCUGCUCUAUGCUGUGAGAAGGGGUCCAAUGGGGGCCGGGCGCAGCGGACGAGGAGGGGGCCUCUUCAGCGUUGGUGAGACAACAGCCAAGAUCCUAAAGCACAACAUCAAUGUGCGGUUUGCAGAUGUGGCUGGCUGUGAAGAGGCCAAACUGGAAAUUAUGGAGUUUGUGAAUUUCCUGAAGAACCCCAAGCAGUAUCAGGACUUAGGAGCCAAAAUUCCAAAGGGAGCCAUGCUCACAGGUCCACCUGGUACUGGCAAAACACUUCUUGCCAAGGCGACUGCAGGAGAGGCCAGUGUGCCCUUUAUCGCUGUGAAUGGAUCCGAGUUCCUGGAAAUGUUUGUCGGUGUUGGACCAGCAAGGGUUCGUGACAUGUUUGCAAUGGCCCGUAAAAACGCUCCUUGUAUCUUAUUUAUUGAUGAGAUCGAUGCAAUUGGCAGGAAGCGAGGCCGCGGGCACCUUGGAGGCCAGAGCGAGCAGGAAAACACGCUGAACCAGAUGCUCGUGGAGAUGGAUGGGUUCAACUCUACCACCAAUGUGGUGGUGCUGGCUGGCACCAACCGCCCUGACAUCCUUGAUCCAGCCCUGACGCGGCCCGGCCGGUUUGAUCGCCAGAUUUACCUUGGCCCCCCUGACAUCAAAGGCAGGUCCUCCAUCUUCAAGGUCCACCUGCGUCCUCUCAAGCUGGAUGAGAGCCUCAGGAACGAUGCCCUGGCAAGGAAGCUGGCAGCACUCACUCCAGGCUUCACUGGUGCUGAUAUCUCUAACGUGUGCAAUGAAGCAGCCCUGAUUGCUGCCCGCCACCUGAGUGCUUUUGUGCAGCAGAAGCAUUUUGAGCAGGCCAUUGAGAGAGUCAUCGGAGGCUUUGAGAAGAAGACUCAGGUCUUGCAGCCCAGUGAAAAGACAACCGUGGCCUACCAUGAGGCAGGGCACGCAGUGGUAGGCUGGUUCUUGGAGCAUGCAGACCCCUUGCUGAAGGUGUCCAUCAUCCCCCGGGGCAAGGGGCUUGGGUACGCCCAGUACCUUCCCCGUGAGCAGUACCUCUAUACGCGGGAGCAGCUUUUUGACCGCAUGUGCAUGAUGCUGGGCGGCAGGGUGGCUGAGCAGCUGUUCUUUGGGCAGAUCACCACUGGGGCUCAGGAUGACUUGAGGAAGGUUACCCAGAGCGCCUAUGCCCAGAUUGUGCAGUUUGGGAUGAGUGAGAAGCUGGGCCAGGUGUCCUUCGACUUCCCCCAGCAAGGUGAAGCCCUGGUUGAAAAGCCGUACAGUGAGGCCACUGCCCAGCUCAUUGAUGAGGAGGUCCGGCGCCUCAUUGGCUCUGCCUACGACCGCACCCUGGAGUUGCUGACUAGGUGCCGGGAGCAGGUGGAGAAGGUAGGCAAGCGGCUCCUGGAAAAAGAAGUGCUGGAGAAGGCCGACAUGGUGGAGCUGUUGGGCCCUCGGCCCUUCAUGGAGAAGUGCACCUAUGAGGAGUUCGUGGAGGGCACUGGUAGCCUAGAGGAGGAUACAUCCCUUCCUGAGGGCCUGAAGGGCUGCAACCAGGGACGGGAGGAGGGGGCACAGCAGCACUUGCAGGAGAGCCCUGCCUAGCCUGUGUGCAGCCACCUGCAGUCACGAUGGCUGGGCUCCCAGGCAGCAGCUGCUGCCCAGAGCUUGUGCAGAACAGCUGCCAGAGUAACGGGAAAACAGAUUAAAAUAAGGGACAACCCCAGACAGACAUUUAGAUCAGGUGCUCACAGUCUAGAGAGGAGAGGGAGGGGAGUUGGCAGCCACCAGAGAGGAGGUGGCUGGAGGGGCAGAAGCGGUUCUCCAGCCCUUGGACCUCAUUCCUAGGGUGACUUUGGUCAGAGGGAGAGACAUCUGGGCUCUGACCCAUGGGAGCCAAGGAAGGACAAGAAUCUUCCUGGGGAGCCCUGGGUGUAGUGGCCACUAGGAAUCUGGAUCUUGUGGUGGAGACAGGCCCUCAGUGUCCUAGUGAGCCUGUCCGUGGGGAGAUGUGAAGGUGGGUUGUCUCAAAAUGGCUUGGAGGAAGAGUCUGGCCCAGCACAGACACCCCAAGGUUUGGUGAGGUAAAGAGAAGGAAGUGGUAAGCCAGUUAGUUACCAAGGACAUCUGGGUCCACAGUGGCCAUUGUGUGGGGGAGAGUGGUUGUUUGGUAACCAAAAAGGAAACGUCACCACACUUGCAUCCCUGAGUUGAAGGCAGGGGUCAUACGGCGCCAUCUGGGGCCUGGGCCCUGUGGCAGCAGCAGCAUCGUUUAAGCUUAAGGGAGACUUGGGCUCUCACCAGAGCCUUGCCCAGGGUGGGCAUGCCUUACUGACCAAGAUGAGUAGAGACUCUGCUUUCCCCAAAAUCCCUUGUGUUGAGGUUUAGGGGAGGAUCUGCGCUGAUCCCCCAUGGCCUCCCCACAGCCCUGAGGGAGGGUUUGUAGGGCCUUGAAGCCUCUGCAGAUGCCUCCUCUAUUAAUCCUCUUCUGUGUUUUUCAAUAAAAAGAAGACUGGUUCUGGGUCAUGGGCUCCAGACCUCAUGAUGCCCUGAA